UCUCAGAUCCUAUUUCGGUAUUUGCUUGAUUUGUGAUUUUGGGUUAUUUUGCUGUUGUAAGCACUUUGGAUUAGCUUUUCUGUUAGUUUUCUUUGUCUCAACAAAUGGCAGACAAUAAGAAUGUUAUUUCUGAUGUGAUUCCGGUGAUGACUAAGAUCACGGAACACAAACUUAAUGGUUCGAAUUACCUGGAGUGGAGUAAGACUGUUAGAGUCUAUUUGCGUAGCAUUGAUAAGGAUGAUCACCUUACUAAAGAUCCACCUACUGAUGAUACACGAUAAAAUUGGCUAAGGAAGGAUGCUCGGUUGUUUUUGCAGCUUCGGAACUCGAUUCACAGUGAGGUAAUUAGUUUAAUUAAUCACUGUGAAUUUGUUAAGGAAUUGAUGGAUUACUUAGAUUUUCUGUGUUCUGGUAAAGGGAAUAUCUCCCGUAUUUAUGAUGUUUGUAAGGCAUUAUACCGUGCUGAGAAAGAGGAUAAGUCUUUCACGGCUUAUUUUAUGGAUUCUAAACGGGUAUAUGAGGAAGUUAAUGUAUUGUUGCCUUUUAGUCCUGAUGUGAAAGUUCAGCAGGCCCAACGGGAGCAACUGGCUGUUAUGAGUUUUCUUGCAGGCCUUCCUUCAGAGUAUGAGACUGCUAAAUCUCAGAUUCUCUCCAGUUCUGAGAUUUUCUCUUUGCAUGAAACGUUCACACGGGUCCUUCGUACAGAGAGUACCCAAUCUUCACAGCCUGCCAGUAGUGCUCUUAUUAGUCAUAAUCCAAAUGGACAACAGGGUAAUAGAAGAGGAAGUAGAGGAGGAAUUACAGUCAACAGAAGUAAUCAAUGUAAUGGAGAGGCUAGUUCUAAUCAGGACUCAAGAGGAGUCAUUUGUUAUUAUUGCCAUGAGCCUGGCCAUGCAAAAUAUAAUUGUCCGCAACUUCAGAGAGGAUUUUGCACAGUUUUCCCAGUAUCAGGCAUCUCUAAAGCCUAUCAGUUCCCCUGUCAUUGCGAUCGCUGAGUCAGGUAAAUCCAUUACAUGCCUUGUGUCUUCCUCAUCCAAAUGGGUUAUUGAUUCUGGUGCGACAGAUCACAUGACAGGUAAUUUUAGUCUUCUAUCUGCUUUUCAGUCUAAUAUCACUUCUUCUACUGUUACUUUAGCUGAUGGUUCUACUUCUUGUGUCAUGGGUUCUGGAACUGCGAACCCGACCUCGUCAAUUUCUUUGUCAUCUAUUUUGUGUCUAUCAAAAUUCUUUUUUAAUUUACUUUCUAUUAGUAAACGUACUCGUACCUUAAAUUGUUCUAUUUCCUUUUUUCCUGAUCAGUGUU